GUUUGCUUCGGGCCAGAAAAAGCCAGGAAGGAGGGCCUCUCGCACGGGUAUAAAUGCCAAACAGGUGGACGUUUCUUUGCACAAAAAAGGGAUAUACGAUGAAAUGCGGAGGCUUAAAAAAGUCAUGAUUCCCAGAUUCGCUGGAUGGACAGCCACCGGACGUGCUUAGGCCUUACGGCGCAGCCAGAGCGAAGCAGUUUGAAAUCCGCCGGUGCCUUCUUUCCAGGAGGAGAGUGUGACAGGAUCGUGGGCCCGUUGCCAGCUGCCUGGAGAGGGGGGAAACUCCUCUCGUUUUGGUAGAGGUCUGCUGGAAAUGUUCUGUACCAGGGAGGAGCCAAAUCUAGAAUCUUAUUCGUCUGACAGUUUUCUAUAAGAAAACAUCACCUAGAGAUCAUCCAAUAUGAAAAUGGAGGGGCAAAGCACCACAACAGGGGAAGCAUCGAAGGGGAUAUCAAAACCCCAUCACAUCCUCCAGGCUGUGAGUAUUGAGAAAUUCCUGCAAAGGAGACCAGGAGCUCCAGGGCAUCAUCAAGGAACCGAGAGUUCCCUUUCCCUGGCGCAGUGGGAAGCCCAGUGGCAGGACUUCCUCAGCACACUGGAAAAGCCUCGCUCUGGAAUCCCACACUUGCCAGAGAAACCUUCGCCCUGGGAUGAUGCCAAGGCCUUUCUGGCCUCCUUUGAGCAAGUGGCUGAAGCCUGUCAGUGGCCCCAGGAAGAGUGGGUGACCCGACUCCGGCCAGCCAUCAGUGGAGAAGCCGAGCAGGCCUUUAGCACACUGGAUUUCCCAGACAGGGAGGAUUAUGGGAAGGUGAAGGCGGCCAUCUUGCGAGGGGAUGCCAUGAGCCGGGAGAAGCAGCGUCAGCAAUUCAGACGUUUCUGCUACCAGGAGGCCGAGGGGCCACGGGGGGCUUACAGCCAACUCCAGGAAAUGUGCCGUGGGUGGCUGAGAGUGGAGAAGCACAGCAAGGAGCAGAUCCUGGAGCUCUUGAUCCUGGAGCAGCUGCUGACUGUCCUGCCCCCGGAGAUCCAGAGCUGGGUGAGCGAAGGCGGCCCUGAGAGCUGCUCCCAGGCAGUGGCCCUGGCUGAAGAGUUCCUCUUCAGGAAGCAGGUGCCCUUGGAGGACGUGUCUGGGAGUGUCUCCGAGGCAAGCCAGGCUCCGCCUGAGGGUGAGUGGAGGCAUCUCUUAAUGGACAUCAAGGAAGAGGAGGACAGAGAGGCCAGCCUACUAGUAGGAAGCAGAGGUGAGGCGGCUGGGGAAUUACCGGGAUCAUCACUGGAAAAAGUCAAGAAUGAACACUCCGAAGGAAACUUCAGGGAUGAAGAUGGAAAAAAGCAGGAGAGAAUCAAUGCAGUUGAAACUAGACAUGAACCCAUUCCUUGCCCAGGAGGAGACUUCCAAGAAAUCCCAGUCCAAGAAGAAAGGCCAACCGAAAAAAGAAGGAAGGAAGACCUCCAUGCUAGCCAGAGAAUCCGCUCCAGGGAAAGAGAAAAAGAAAGUGCGAUAUUUGGAAAGACGUUUGUACAGAAAACAAACGUAAUUUCCCAGGGACAAAUUCACUUAGUAGAAAAACCAUAUAAUUGCUUAGAGUGUGGAAAGAGCUUCAGUCGCCGAACAACCCUUACUUCACAUGAAAGAAUUCAUUUAGAGGAUCAUCAAGAGAAUGAGGAAGAUGAGGAAGUGCAUCAACUAUCACCAGAUAAAACCAGGAAUCAAGAGCUGAAAGGAAACUUCAGGAAUCGAGGUGGACCCAAGAGGCAGAAAGGAAGCCACAUAGUCCAGAAGAGCUUUAAAGCUAUUCCUUAUCAAGGAGGGGAUUUCUGUGAAGUAAUUCACAUGGCAGAGGAAACAUACAAAUGCUUGGAAUAUGGAAAGAGCUUCUCAGAUCAAACCCAAUAUGAUACUCAUUUGCGAAUGCACAAUGGAAAGAAGACCUAUAAAUGCUUGGAGUGUGGAAAGAGCUUCAUGCGGAGAUCAAAUCUCCUUAGACAUCACAGAAUCCAUAUAGGAGAGAAACCAUACAACUGCUCAAACUGCGGCAAAAGUUUCUCACGUAAAGCAUACCUUAUCGAACACCAAAGAAUUCAUUCAGGAAAGAGGCCGUUUCUCUGUUCAGAAUGUGGAAGGAGCUUCAGCUGGAGCAGCAAUCUUAAACGGCACCGAAGAAUCCACACAGAGGAGAAAUCUUUUGCAUGUUCAGAGUGGAAAGAAAUUAAAUCAGAGUUGCCAUCUUCUACAACAUUUAAGAAUGCACACAGAAGAGAAACCUUUUGAAUGCUAGUGAGUGGAGAGAAAUUCCAUCAGAAAUCCACACUUUAGCAACAUCAGAGAAUCCAAAUGAGGAGAAAUGGUGUAGCUGCUCAGCCCGUGACAAGAGCUUCUCUCCUAUUUCACACUUUAAAGACAACCACAGACUCCACACAGGGUUGAAUCACUAUAAACUCUUGGGAAGAGCUUGCAUCUGCACAGAAACCUUACCAUACCCAUAGAAACACAAAUAUUAACUGGAGUGAAUCAGAAUAAAUGCUCAGAUUGUGGGCGCCUCAAACUGAUCUCAAAGGGAAGAAAGCAAAGAUAUGCUCUGAGGGUGCAAGAAGCUUUCAUGAUCUGCUUUGCCUGUCUUAACCAUCAAGGAAUUCACACAGGGAAUAGUUUAGGUGGAUAGCCGUGUUGGUCUGCAGUCAAGCAGCAGGAUUUGAGUCCAUUGGUGCCUUAGAGACCAACAAGAUUUUCAGAGUGCAAGCUUUUGAGAGUCAGAGCUCCCUUCUUCAGACACCUAGAUCAGAUGUGGCUGCAAUGUAGAGCUUCGCUUUAGCUGAUGGAUUGUUUGGUGCAGAUAUGGGAACAUGUAGCUAUGUUUUGCAACUGGCAGGUUUCUGGUAUAAGGUGGUUCUUCAGCAUCCAUUAUUUAUUUGUACAGUGGUGUCUAGAAAUAGAUUUCCUGUGGGGAUUGAUUCAUGGUCAGGUUGAUGACGUAGUGGACGUUGCUGAAGGCCUGGUCAAAUUUCUCAAGUUCUUCUUUCCCAUCUACCCAGAUGAUAAAAAAAUGUCUCCAAGGGCAAGAUGGGUGUUAGCAGGUGGGAACUGAGAAAAUGCUCUUCCAAGUCUGCCAUGGAAAUGUGGCGCCAUGCGAGUGCCCAUGGCUGUGCCAUUGAUUUGGAGGAAUGCAUCUUCACCAAAACUGAAGCAGUUGCCAGUGAGGAGAAACUGGCAGAGCGCGAUAGUGAAGUCAGCUGUGGUAUUGUCAGUGAUGGUGUUCCUAAUGGCUUGUAGUUCAUCUUUAGGAGAGAUGUUGGUGUAUAGAGACUCAGCAUCCAUGGUUGCCAAAAUAGCGUUACCUGGUCAAUUGUCAACUGGUUGUACUUUUCUCAGGAAUGCUGUGGUGUCUUGCACACAAGUGGGUGUAUUGAUGGGAUGGGGUUUGGUAAUGGAGUCCCUGUAUCUAGACGCCCCAACCGCAAUGGUCCCUGUGCCCAAGACAGUAGGACAUCCUGGGUUGCCCGGCUUGUGUAUUUGGGGCAGAAGAUAGGAAGUGCCCGGUCGAGGUUCCUGUAGUGUGUCGAUAUGGGUUUGCUCCUGUAUGUGUGUGGGUAAUUCCUUUUAACACCUCUUUAGUUCUGUUUGGUGUUCCUGAGCAGGGUCUGAAGUUAGUUGUUUGGAGAAAGCAGCUUUGGAGAGUUGUCUUUUGGCCACCUGAAAGUCAUCAGAAUUGUCCUUGAUGACAACUGCUCCUCUUUUUGUCAGUUUUUUAAAUCAUUAUGUCUGGAUUGUUUCUGAGGCUGUUUAUAGCAUUUCUUUUUGUGUUGUGUUGCGUUGCAUUGCGUUGUGGGAGAUGAUGCUUCUUGUCUGAAGGUGUCUGAAGAAGGGAGCUCAUGUCUAGGACCCACAGGCCUUCUGGGCUGCCUCUGCCACUGUGCUCCACGGCAACAGCUUCGUUCCUUUAAGCAAAGCCUUCUAAGGCUGCUACCCUGCAAAUGGGUAAAAAUGACCAACUGCCUAUCCACGUACUUUCUCCAUGACAACUCCCACCUUGUGGAACAGCCUGCCUGAGGAUGUCAGGAAGGCUUCUUUGCAUUUGACGUUCCAGAGAUCGUGUAAAACUAGAAUGGUUUGAGGGGGCGUUUCUAGGAAGUGAACAGAAUUGUGCUCUGUUGCCGUGUUUGCUGUGUGUACUGUGCUGUUCUUAUUGCUUUGUCUUGUCCCUUUGUCAUUCUGUUUUCUGCAUUUGUGUACUCCUAUUUUCUUCCUCCCGUAGAUAAGAAGAAGAAAAUUUGAUUUAUAUACCUCCCUUCAGGAUAACUUAACGCCCUCUCAGAGCGGUUUACAAAGAAUGUUAUUAUCAUCCCCACAACAAUCACCCUGUGAGGUGGGUGGGGCUGAGAGAGCUCUAGAAGAGCUGUGACUGACCCAAGAUGUGAGCCCUGCAAAAAAUUAUUAACAUUUUUCUUUAUUUAAACCCCAGGAAAGAGGGUGUUUGCUUCCACUCAGUUUAUCCAGUUGCCCAGUUUAUCCAACUGCUGCCCCUCCCUCCUCCUCCUCCUUCAGUCCAUGUGCUCUUGGCCAAGGAGUCAGAAAUGGAGGAAGAGGCCUCUCCCUCUCAGCCCUUCCUGGCCCAGGUUCAUGACCUUGUUGCAUGAGGCCUUCAGGUAAUCAGUUUGUUUUAGGGCUGCCAACUCUGGGAUGGGUAAUUCCUGGAGAUUAGUGGGUGGAGCUUGGGGAGGGUAUGGUUUGGGGAGGGACCUCAGCAAGCUAUGAAGCCAUAGGAUACACCCUCCCAAGCAGCCAUUUCCUCUAGGGGAGCUGAUCUCUCUCAUCUGAAGAUGAAUUGUAAUUUUGGGAGAUAGCCGGGCCCCACCUGGAAGUUGGCAUUCCUAGUCUUUACGUUGGGGUGAAGUGUUCCUGGAGCUCCUAAAACCAACAAGUCACCCUUUUAGCCUUUUCUUCUCCCAGCUAAAAGGAACCUGUUAGCCAGACUGCUCUAAAGAUGGGGGAUUAAUAGGCAGUAGGCUUACAUCAAGGGGUCAUGACCUAUGUAUACCAGAGUUAGAAUUCCUGGAGCACCCCUAAUAAAAGAGGAAACCAAUGCUUCAACGAAUCAAUGCUUUUACUUAUCGGCUUUUGAGCAUACAGAGAACACGAAUCAUACGCACAGUCAAUACAAGGCUAGGAAAUAAACGGGUGGAAAAUAUACAGACACAGUUGCAUGAGCAGGGAAUAUCGUUGAUGGGCAAUAUGCACCUGUCCGGCAAGAGGCAGAGA